AUGAUGAACAUCACCGCCACCACGGCAUCCUUCCUAUCCGACAACACCGAGACAUGGGGUGCUGUUGCCUGCGCCACCACGGUGGUGGUGGGUACAUGGAUUUGGUUUCGCAGUAGCAGCUCCACUCCAAAACGACAACGUCUUUGUCGAAAUUUAUCCUUUACAUCCGCGUUUAUGAAUAUGGGAACCUACCCUUCUCAAGCCAAGGCUCCUGAAGAUAUCCUCCAUGUCUGCAUGUAUAUGGAAUCAUGUCCCACAGAUGAGGAUAUGGUAGAAACAGCCAUCCAACCAAUGCUAGUACACGAUCGCUUUUCCAUGAUCCCCACUCGCGGAGACAAAACUGGAACUCUCCGCAUGCCUUUCCCGCCCCUCGUGCCACAAAAAAUGAUGCGGCGCAUCCAAGUGACAUGUACCAACCACUUACACGACACCAUUACGGAGCUGUUCCAACAGCCAUUGGGAGGUGACAAUAAUCCGCGUGGUGAUUUGCCACUCUGGGAGUUUGUCCUAUUGGAGAAUACGGGCCCCGGUGAUAGUGCCUGUAUUUGGAGGGUCCACCACACUUUGGGAGAUGGAUUGUCUUUGGCGGCUCUCAUGAUGCGUCAUGUGGUCAAAUCAUCACCCGACGGAGCGCCAAUGUCCAGUGUUGCGACAUUUUUGCCACCCACCAUGAUGUCCCAAAAGAGUAGUUCCUUGAAAGAACACGCUACCAUUCCGUGGACCACACGACUCUGGCAACUACUCGAUUGUGCGCUGCAGGUAUUGUUGUUGCCGUCGACGCCCUUUGACGAUCCCACCGCCUUUUCUAAAGGAUUCUGCCAGCCGAAUAAUAUCCACAGCGGAAAACGAGAGAUUGUUCUUUUCCCCACGGUGCCGCUAAAACUCAUCCAAAGUAUCAAAAACACCGCCAGGGUUUCUGUAAACGACGUCAUUGUUACUUGUUUAUCACAAGCUAUUCAUGACUAUUGCCAAGAGCAAAACUGCCCCGUUCUGAAACAAAAGGGGCCCAAUCUACAAUGCCGCGUCCUGGUUGCCUCUGCCUUGCCGCGGGACGUGGAGAAUGCUAACACGGAGGAACUAUUGGCAGUGGGUUACAAUAACAUUUCGGAACGCCUCCAACACAUCCACAACACUUUUCGUAGACUCAAAAAGAGUCCUCUGGCCCAUGUGGGCAUAUGGGUGCAGAAUCAUGUCCUGAAAUACGUUCCAUUGGCCGUGAAUCGAAAAGGAGUCUACGACAGCAUGAUCCGUCAUUCGUUAGUCUUGUCCAAUGUACCAGGACCCCAACAGCCCGUCAUGGUAGCCAACAGAGAGAUCAAGAGUGCCCGGGUGUUUUAUUCCGGUAUGAAUGCCCACGUUAUGGUCAUGAGUUAUCGGGGACAAGUCCAAGCCAACCUUACCGUCGAUCCCCAACAUGUUCCCAACAGUCAGACACUGGCCAAGCACUAUCAUCAAGCCAUCUUGACAUUGGCCAGAAGACUCGACGUUGCCAUCCCAGCGGAAAUGGAGAAGAUUCCAUUGUAG